AUGGCAAUCCCACUCUUCACCAAGGCCAGCCGCGCCGACGACGCCCUGGCCGACGACGGCGCUGCUGGCGCUCCCUCUGGCCACGAGAAUCCCGCCCAAGACGAGGGCGAUGGCCACGACGAGCCCCAGCCUCCGGGCGGCUUCAGCGACACGCCCAUUCCGCACGCGACGCCCGGCUUCACCCUCAAGUUUACCUUCCACCGCGCCACCCACCUGCCCAUUGCCGACAUCAACACCAUGUCCUCCGACCCCUACGUGCUCGCGCAGCUGAACACGGCCCUGCCCCCGCGCCACAAGGAGGACCCGCCGCUGCGCAUGCGCUCCCCCACCGUGCACCGCUCGACCGAGCCCGAGUUCGAGUGGGAAUGGAUCGUUGCGAACGUGCCCGCCUCGGGCUUCAAGCUCAAGGCCCGCCUGUAUGACGAGGAUCCUGCUGACCAUGACGACCGCCUGGGCAACGUCCAUAUCAAUGUGCCCCAGCUGUCGGAGGACUGGGAGGGCAUCCACCAGCAGACCUACAAGCUCAGGAAGCGCCUGGCCAGCAAGCGCGCCUACGCCUUGCGCGCGGCAGCCGUUGCCGUGAACAAGGCCGAGCACAUGGGCGCCGAGAUUGUCGUCAGCAUCGAGAUGCUUGGGCGGACUCAGGAUCCGUACAACGAGGGAGGCAGAGCCUACACGCUCGGCCCGCUGUUCUGGUACAAGCACAACUCGCCUCUGCUGGGCCGUAUUGUGAACCGCACCGACACCGGCGACGACGACGACCCGAACGACCCGACCAAAUACGACAGGCACGGCAACAGGAUCCGCAGAUACAACUUCCAGGCGAACGAGAUCCAGCUCCGGGGCCCGGUUCCGCCUGAGUUGUACCACCGCUACGUCGAAUUCAAGCCGUUUGUCAAGUCUAUGUACACGGCACAUGGCGUGCGCGGCUUCCUUUUGUCCAAGGCGCUGCACCAUCAGCAUGCAAGGGUUUACAAUUUCGAUAAGAGUACCUCGUGGGGUAAGUUCGACGAGCCCUGCGUUGAGCAGACGAUGAAAUUUCUCGAUCUCGUGCACUACGACCAAGGCGGCCGUAUCUUCACCUACGUUGUGACCCUGGAUGCUCUGUGGCGAUUCACCGAGACUGGCAAGGAGUUUGGCAUCGACAUGCUGAGCAAACAUACUAUGCACAGCGAUGUGUCGGUGUAUAUCGCCUUCAGCGGCGAAUUCUUCAUCAGGCGUCUCAAGCACCCGCACCACAGGUCUCCCGACGAGCCGGAGGCGGAGGAGGAGGGUGAGGCGGAGAAGCAACACCAUCAUUGGUUCCACCGUCGUGAAAAGAGUGAGAACAACUCGACGCAUCCGCCGGACGACAUUGCCGGCGGGCCCCCUCGAGACGAGCCGCCCAAAGACCCCAAGCACUACGAACUUGUCAUUGACAACGAUUCGGGGACUUACCGGCCCAACGCUCAACUCCUGCCGCAACUCAAGUCUUUCAUGGAGUCUCGCCUACCUGGGCUCAGGGUCAUCACGCUGGAUUGCCAGGCCGAUGCGGAGAAGAUGGCGCGCAUGAAGCAGGAGCAGCGCGACCGCAAGGCCCGUGAGGGAGACCAGAUUGUCUACCAUCAGCUCAGCGACAGCGACGAAGACAGCAGCAGCCUCAGCAGUUCCGACGAAGACGAGUUGGAAGAGGCGGUUCAGAACCAUCAUGCGCGGGUCAGGGACGACCAUGUCUUGCACGCCUUCGGCCACCAGGCGCGUGCUGAGCAGCAAGCCAAAGCCCAACAUCUCAAGGGUUUGGUUCACCGGCCUGGUUCCGGCACAAAUGGGCACAAGGGCCACGGCGAUCCGGUUGAAGCGCCUGACGCCGGCGCCCCACCGUCUUAA